AUGGCUGAACAGUCAGCUCCGAUAUCCUAUUCCCUCGACAAAAACCUUUUCCUUUAUACUUCUUUGACAUCCGGGUCGUCCCAUAUUGUCACCGCGACCUCGCGUUUGGAAACCAUCUUGAAGGCCAACCGCAUCCCAUUUCUCGCUAUCGAUGUCGCCACGGAUGACAGGGCUCGUAACAUAUGGGGUCGUAGAGCUGGGAAGGAUGCGUCGGGUCGGGUGAGGAAGCUACCAGGACUUGUUCAAGAAGGAACGGUUUUAGGGGACCUUGUCGAGAUUGAGGAAUGGAACGAAUAUGGAGAGAUGAAGAUGCAUGUUAAGAUCCACGGAACCUCGAAUCUUGUACCGUUACGUCCAAAGGCAGGUCAACCAUCUGGCAAAACCUCGAAGGCCCCGAUUGCUCAAGAGAACAAGAAGCCAGAGUCCGCCUCUGCCACAGCUGCAUCAAAAACCUCAGACCAGCCAAAAUCAUCACAAAGCGAUGUACCAUCAGCGAUUUCGUCAGUGUUGCAGCAAGUCGGUCAAGAAGCUGCACAAAAAGCAAAACAAGGGAUGAAGAAGGUGACGGAGACUCUGGGUGGAGUUGGUCAAGCAGAACCGAUCAAGAAGGAAGCAGAACCGGCUAAGAAAGAGGCAGAGAAGGCCGCGGCGCCUGCUCCUAUUUCUGUCAGUGAUCUGCCAGUAGAUAAACUGUCAAUCAAUGACCCAACCUCCCUUCAAAGUCCUGGCUCAACAGCUUGGCGGAAAGCACCAGAUGCCAUGCCAGAUAUUGGUCCACCUGCUUCCCCGCCGUCAGCUGUCCACAAAUUCUCAUUGCAAUCUCCAAAUAGCACUGCAUGGAAGCCGACCGAGUUCAAUCCACCAAUCUUGGAGCACCGGGGCUCUUCAAUAUCUGUAGCUUCCGCCGAGGAGAUCAAACAAGUCGAAGAAGCAUGCGCUAUACCUGAAGAAGACGAGGAUGAGGAGGAAACGUCAGACGAAGAUGACAAUGCCGAUACCGAGAAGACUUCUGAACCAGAUGUUGUAAGCAGCACGAAACUUGGUUCUAAGGAGGAGCAUACUGAAGAGGAAGAGUCUGAUGAUUCAGACGAAUCCGACGACGCAGAAGACAAGAAGUCUUGA